UGGACUUUGCACCAGGCUCCGCUCUUGCACCGGUGCAAGAUGGCGGUUCUAGCGAAGGCUUACUUGGUGCUGUACAACGUUGUACUGACGCUUGGAUGGGGUGUGAUUCUAGUCCUCUCAGUAAAGCACUUGACAGAGAAGAAAACCAACAUUGGGCUUUACAACUCAGUGGAAACACCCCUCAAGAUAUUUCAAUCUGCAGCCAUCCUAGAGGUAUUGCACUGUGCAGUAGGUCUAGUGCCAUCUUCAGUUGUUAUUACAGCAUUUCAAGUAGCUUCAAGACUCUUUUUAACCUGGGCAGUGGCUCACAGUGUCCCUCAAGUUCAUGACAAUGCUGGCGUGGCAGGGUUCAUUUUUGCUUGGUCCAUCACGGAGGUUAUUCGCUAUUCAUUUUAUGCAUUUUCAUUGUUGGACAAGUUGCCGUACAUACUUCAGUGGUGCAGAUAUACUUUCUUUUAUUUCCUUUAUCCCAUUGGCGUGACAGGUGAGCUGGUGACAAUAUACUCCUCUCUUGGUUAUGUUUCCAAGUCUGGUCUGUACAGUGUGUCCAUGCCAAAUCGUCUCAAUUUUUCCUUUGAUUUUCAUCUCUUCCUAAUGGUGGUGAUGUUCUCUUAUAUUCCAAUCUUCCCGCAACUUUACUUUCACAUGAUCCGACAGAGAAAGAAGGUUAUUGGUGGAAAAGUCAAACCGCAAUACCUUGAAGUUCCAACCGUCCAACUGAAAGGCUGGGAGAAUUUUAGUCAAGAUGCGUUUGUUGAUUUUGUGUGUUUUGAAUUUAAAACUAAGUGACUGGGGUGGCAAGCCACGAGUGGAAAGAUUAGUUGAACUGUUGUGCAUUAUUGGCCCGUUCCUCAAAAGUCCCGGUUACUAACGGCCCCAAGCCAUACUCUAAAGCUAAGCAACAGUGGUUUGGGUCUUGCAUGCAGCUCAAAAGUUAUUUCCAUAACGUUACAUCAGCAGAUAAAUUUAUCAUUUUAAUUUCAAAACUAUCAGUAUCGCGAUCUCUAUAACAACACAGCAAACAAAAAUCAUUUUCCGGGAUCGAUGUUUACCGGAACUUUCGAGGAAUUGACAUUAGAUACAGUUGGCGACAUUGGUUGUCGCAUGAAGUGUGUGAAGUUAGCCCUGGGUGUUCUCUGCUUCCAAAAAAAAAUUGGCUGUGAUUCAUUUUAGCGCUGUGAAUUGUUCAAAAUUGGACAUGAUACAGUUGCACUUACAAAUGAGGCUUGCACAAAAGUCAUCUUUGUCAAUCGAAGCUAAUACCCCCACUAGCGUCCUAGAAACGUUUGUCUAUGAAAUAUUUUUUCAGUUCUGAAUUAGUUUUUCAAAAAAUAUAUAUCACUUGAAUUCUUUUAUAAACUACGAGAUGUAAUUUAAUUUAUUGAUUGAAUAUGGUAAAAGAGCCUUAAGGACAUAGCAGUUUGAAUGGUAUUUUUUUGUCAGAAUAAUUUGUAGAGAGCAUGCAUUAAACCUAGACGCAUAUAUUAUGUAUAUCUCAACACUUCGGUCGUCGAGCAAUUUUUUUGCGAAGUUAUUUGCGCUCUUUGUAUGUUUAAGGAAUUGAGUAUAUGUGAGGUAAUUAUAGUGUUAGAAAACAGAGUUUGAAAACUAAAACAGAGGACACAUUUUUAAAGCGAUAAGGGAGCUCUGGAAGACUAAUUUAGAUUUUAUAAGUUUGGAAAUUUGCACCUCGUCGCUUGACUGCGCUAAAACAGACGCCUUCUAUUUUGAAUCAAAAGCGAUAAGGGGCCGACCAUUUAACUUUUCAGGGGGGGUGGAUGAUUUCUGGUCAUCAAGAAAGUUUUUUUCUUGCAAUCCGC